AGCUCUUCUCUUUCUGCCUUCAGCCGGUGUUGGGUCGCCGGCAGCUCGGCUCCUCUGCAGGGCUGCAGGGCUGCGCAGCUCCUGACUGACAGAGAGAUGAGGGGUGGGGACGCAGGGUGGGGUCACAAGCAGGGAGAGGCGGAGGAGGAAAAGGCAGAGAGAGAGAGCCCAGCCCUUGAAUACACGGCAACAACACGCCGUCAGAGAGAGGGAGAGACUCAGAGAGACUGGCUGAUUUUUGGGGGGAGCAAAGGGAGUCUUCGACGCUGCGGAUAUGAACUGAAAAGAAACACUGGAAGAGGCAGGGAUCGUGAACCUAUAUCCCGAAAUUUUACUGUAAAGGUGGCAAACCAGCCCCCCUAAAUCCUCCUCUCUUCAUAACAGUUCUUAUUCUGAUAGAGCUACACCCAAAGCCCCGACCGACCCCCUCCUGCUACUCCACCCCUCCGCCGCUGCACCGCUCCGGUAACCGAGAUGCACACGGAGACCCGUAACAAGAAAUGCCAGUCAACUCCUAAGCAGAAGAAGAGUGCCGCUGGCGGCCAGAAGAAGAAGAGGAGAGGCCCGGCCAAGCAGAGCGCCCUGACCCAGCAACCGCCGCCACCUUCAUCAUCAUCACCGCCACCAGGAGAGGAGGAGGAGGAGGAGAAAAAGGAGGAGCCAGCGACCAGGCCUCGGCCGCCGCAGAAAGAAGAGGAAGAGGAAGCGGGCGAGGAGGAGCGAGAGGAAGUGGCGUCACAGUCUGUGAAGAAGAAGGAGGAAGAGGAGGAAGAGGAGGAGGAGGGAGGGACAGAGAUGCCUUCUGUACAGAUCAAACCCGAGCCUGAGGAGAUGGAGUGCACGCAGGCAGACAUAGGAGAUGACUGCUCACAGCCGACAGACCUGGUUAAGGUGAAGACGGAGCCUUCAGUCUGCAAGACAGAGCCCCCCUCGCCUCAGCCGAGCCCCGCAGAAGACCAGACCGAACCCGUCGACCUGUCGCUCAACAAGCCCCGCUCUUCAACACUACCUGCUUCUACGAUGAGCAUCACGGUCAACCCAGCACCCAGUGGGGCCAUGACCCAGCCCGGCCUGUCUGCUACACCCAUCCCCACUGCGGUACAAUCCAUAGGCUCCAUGGUCCUCUCUCCGGGCUCCAUCUUGGCCACUCAGGGGGCCGGGGGCCAGCAGAUCCUCCACGUCAUCCACACAAUCCCCUCCGUCAGCAUGCCCAGCAAGGUGGGCCAGCUGCAGACCAUCCCUGUGGUGGUUCAGUCUCUGCCGGUCGUCUACACCACCAUGCCGACCGAUGGUGUCGCCACUGCAGCCAUUACAGUGCCUCUCAUAGGCAGCGAUGGGCGCUCAGAAGGAUCUGUUCGUAUCAAGCCGGGAUCGACGUCUCCGGUGGAGUAUCAGAGCGAUAGCGAUGCAGAGAGUGGCACCGAGUCCGGAUCAGCCUCCCUCAGUGCCCAGAGCAUCGACGCAGGGUCUGUCAUGGACUUGGAGCCUGUUGAUCCAGACUCGCCAGACAUCAAGAGGAGGCGGAUCCACAUGUGUGACUAUGAAGGCUGUAAAAAAGUUUACACCAAGAGCUCCCACCUCAAAGCUCACAGGAGGAUACACACAGGAGAAAAGCCCUACCACUGUACCUGGGAGGGCUGCACUUGGCGCUUCGCCCGCUCCGAUGAGCUCACCCGACACUUCCGCAAGCACACGGGGAUCAAACCUUUCCGCUGCACUGAGUGCGACCGCUCCUUCUCUCGGUCCGACCAUCUGUCUCUGCACCGCCGCCGCCAUGUCAUGAUGUGAACUCUGACCUUCCCUGUCAACCUCCCCCUAAAAACCUAAACCCCCUUCCCUCCUCCCACAGCACAUAUUGUACCAGAGACCCCCACCCCCCAAAUAAACCUCCGCUACUUCACGUUUCAUCUGCAGAUGAAAAAGACACGCACCUCCUCCUCCUUUUUCUUCCCUUCAUCUUGAAAUGACAGGAAUAUCAGGAUUGUGUCUCUGAGUUUGUGCGAGCAACAAAGAAGAGCGCUUUCUGUGUGUGUGUGUUUCAACACAUAAUCAUCACCAUCACCGUCCACCCAACCCGUGACACUUCCCACUCUACCAUCCCACAACUCAAGCCCACCCAUCACACCAGACUUCAAGACAAGGUGGAGUGAUGGACAGGGGGGUUCAUGCAUUCAUCACUUUCAUCCAUCCAUCCAUCUAAGUGGAAAGGAGGAGGAGGAAGGGACACAAGGAGGAGUGAUGUGUUGUUUGAAAAUAUUAAAUAUUUGAACUCUGGCCAGAAGGAGAAUAUUGAGUAAGACGUUACUUCAGCUGCUCUUUUCUUAUUUUUUCAUUUUGCACAUAUCAAAAGUUGGAGAGUUCAAAACUUCAUGUUUUUAUGGAUUUUUGGAAGCGUAGGUGACUCCCAAAAAAAAGCCUCAAACAGCCGCGCUGCUGUAGGAACUAUUCAGGGAGCCUUUAAAGAUUUCACCACCUUAACUUUCUGUUUUUUAAUUUCACUACUUUUUCAGAAUGCAGGGUUAGUUUUCUGACUCUGGUUGUUUUCCUCUGAUGUCAUGCAGAUGUGGGGGCAAAAAUGCUGUAAUGAUGUCAUCUGCAAACAAUAGAAGCAUAGUGAAGCUGACGAAUGCAACCAUUUGAAAGCUUCUCGAAUGAUCAGUUAAAGCAAAGACCACGGAUGCAGAAAGUGUGGUGAGACUUUGGGCGACAUUUCAAAGUUAAACUACGACUGAUAGUUAUUUAGUUGCUGUAAGACUACAGCUACCGUGAGCAUUGAGUCCUAACGGGUCGUAGUUACUGCACCUGAAAAAAAUUCAUGGUCUGGAUGAUUGAAUUUCCUGGGUGCAGAAGCUCUAAAUAUACUUGAAACAUAUUAAUUUUGUUGUGCAUAAAGCACUGGGGCUGAAAAGGGUCGAAAAGCACCAAUAAGUGAUUUGGAUUAUCAUUUUUAGCAACAAUCUGUAGGAGGAAGUAAAAUGAACAGUGAUCAAAAGGCGUCAUAGUGUGCUUAUCUGUGUGUGUGUGUGUGUGUGUGUGUGUGUUUGUGUGUGUGUGAGUGUGUGUGUGUGAGUGUGCAUGCAGUGAGGUUUUCACAGCAGCUGGAGUAACGUCAAACUCAUAUUUCCUUUUUGGCAUUUCUGUCAGAGGCUUUGAUCCGACACAAGUUCCUUUUAUCCUGACUCCCCCCUGCAGCUCCUAACACCUCCCCGCUCCCCUCCCCGUCACCUUCCUGGUACACGGAGCUACAAGACUGUGAACUUUCUACAGAUUUAUUUGUUUUCAGUGUAUCAGUUAUGUCACUCUCCCCCUGCACACACCUUCCCUGAUUCUUCUUCAGUAACAGUAUUUGCUUUUAAUGCGUUUUUGUCAUUGUUGUUGUUGUUGUUGUUGUUGUUGUUGUUGUUGUUUUACAAAAUAAGGCCUUCAGUUCUUUGUGUUUUUUUUUUCUUUGCCAGGUUUGGCGCUCUUAACAGACAGCGUUUUUUUUUUAGAUUUCAUUUGCUUUAGUUGUGUUCUGAGGCUGUGAAUAAGACGGAGGAGACACAAAUGGUUUGAGAUUACAAGUUAAACUCUCAAGCAGGGACUAGGGGAGCUUUUACAAGUGUGUGUUUUUUGCGCGUGUUGAGCGUGUGUGUGUGUGUGUGUGUCUGUGGAUGAGUGUGCAUGUUUUGAGACAAACACAUAAUCAAAAUUUAAGAUUUUUACGAGUGUGUGUUCCGGGCACUUGUUGUUCUUUUACCUCUUGCCCGUUGAGCCUUAAUAACUGAAGUCAAUCUGUAAGGGCGAAACUGGAACCACUGACAGACGUCGUCUGGCCACAGAUCAAAUCUGGUUCUUUGUUUUCAAUGCAUAAAGUUAGUAUUUUUCAUUUUGAGCCACAUGCACAGCUCUGCUUCACUGCUUUUUGGGCAUAAAACAUGAAAAGUGCACUCGAGAGCGAGCAGGUUUUUUAAGUUUGAUAUUAGCGGCAAAGAGAAAAACAUUGUGCAGAGUUUUAGCAGCUUCACACAUUUGUUUACAAAAAUUUCCACAAUUUUGAAGCUGCACUCCACAGAAUUUUAAAGGUAGUGAAUAUCUCCUGUCACGCCUUUUACACUGGUGUAAAAUAUGCAUACAGCUGCAAGACAAAGAGCCAAAAUGGCCGUCCCUGAAAACCACAGGCGGCCGGACCGUCUGUUGGUGGUUCUGGGAGAAAACCAGGCACUGUGUCGGGCCAUCAGGGUCCGGAGUGCCUGCAGAGUAAACAACGGGGAAAGUAUGUGCUCUCCUCACUAGCAUUUCUUCCAGGGUUGGGGGUCAGUUCUCCGACAAUUGUUUUCAUUGUUACGUAGUUCAAAGCCUCAAAGAAACUAAAUUUCAACACAUUACAACAGAAAAUCUUCUUUCAUCCACGUAAGUUGUGUUGUCUAAUAUCUGAACGAGUCUAACCUGCACAUUCAGUAACAGUUGGAACAGAACUGAGCCCCUCACCCUGCCCUCUGACCCAUGGUGUCCAUGUCUUAAGCGGGCUGUUUUUCAGCUCCUGUUCUGGACUGAACUUGAUUAUGCAACAUAUAACGCAGACCUCGCUCCAAGCGCUGUUCUGGACUCUGUAGUCGAGCACUAGCUGAUUGUUUGUUUUAACAAGAACCUUUAAAAGGGAGGUCAGGAUGCGUGGGAGCCUGUUGAUCACUGAAAAAACUCGCCUCUUGAGCUUAAAUGUGUGAAAUCUAAAGAGGCUGAUUUUGUGAUCUCUGCAGCACGCUUCACGAUCCUUUGUGACCCUUUACAAACACAACGCAGCACGUUUUGCUGUAGCGGCGCUGAUCUCGUUAGCAGUUCGGAGUCACUGUUGCUGUUGUCAUUUCAAACGCUAGUAAGCAAGCGCAAAAUGUCAAACCCCUGACUUUUCACAGAACAGAGGGAUCACUGAGACGGACGUGCAGGCUUCCAGUGAGCUGAGUGCAUGCCGUGAAGAGAGCAGAGUGUCAUUUGAUCUGCACGGUGAAAAAAAAAAAUCGGUCUACGCAAGACGGCAAAAAAGAGGUGCAACUUUUUGAAUCAUCUUGUUGAAUGAAAAUUAAAUCAUGAAUAUAGUUCAACUUUCUCUGCUGAAACAAAGAGUCUAGACUGAAUUCAGUCUCUUGUUUGGACAGAUUUUGCUCUUUUUUUUGCAGUGCAGAUCAACUUAAUGUUCCCAUUUCUCCUAACACCCCGUCUGCUUCAACUUAAAAAAAAACAUAGUUACUAAGCACAUCUUUCUAGAAGAGUAUAUGCAUUUGAUUGCAAUUUUCUUUCUUUUGUAAACUGUUGAUAAAGACAUUAAGGAAAAUGACAAAUAAUUAAGAUAAAUCCAUGUACAUACAUGUAUAUAAUCAAAAAGUGCAGAGUAAAUGUAACGGGUGAAUUUCUAUUUUUAACACUGACUAGAUAAUGUGAAAAAUCUUUGUUUUUUUUUUCUUCUUCCUCUGUUGGUUUGAUGAACCGUGUUUCAUCAUGUGUUGUUUCUUCAGUUCAGAUCUAAUAUGACAUUUGUUUCGUAGUUUCUUAAAAAAAAGUUGGUCCCACUUGUGUUGUGCACUUGUUGCAUGGAGAGUAGCCUUCUUGUUUUCUUAUAGUGACGUUGGUGAGCAUGUCUUGUCCGUGUGUGAGACUGUGGGUUUCCCUUAACAUUGAUGACCCGAGGAAAAAAACCCACCUUGAAAAUUAGUAAUUAGGAAUCCAUAUCACUGAAAAAAAGACACAAACACAGAGUGAAGUGUGACGUUUAGCUGACGUGAGUCAGAAAAUAUUUUUACACUUCCGUUUCAGGUGUGUUGAGAAUUCUUCAGGUCAGACAGGGCUAAGAAAAUAAAUGUUUUUUAAUAUUUUGGUGUGCAGGCGUAGAUUUGAUGGCUGGUUUUAUACUCUUGAGGCUCACAUCAGGCUACGUUGUGUUUUUCAAAGUAACGAGAGUAGUUUCUACAAAAGUAUCCAACGUUGUUUUAGUAAAAGAAACCUGUAACCACCCAUAGAAAUUCAGACUGCAAUUAACUGCUAUUGCUGCAAAGUUUCCCUCAUACAAAAGUAAAAUCCCCGGCUCUACUUCUGUGGCUAAACAUAGGCUUUGAUUUUCAAGCUAACAAAGGUCCAGACCUCCUUGAACAAGACCAACUACAAGUAGCAGAGGCGUGUCCAGACUUUUCUGUCGGAGGGGCCCAACUAAAGCUGGAGUGGCAUGAGGUAUUACUGCUCUCACAUAUGAAUGUAUCACCCCAUUAAUCAUAUCUACUGACAUUGAAGUAUUAUAUUUCUGACUGUGAAAAUGUACCUAAUUGAGAGGCAUUUAAAUCUUCCUCACGUGAUGAAACGUGUGUUUAAAGUCACAUUUUUAAGUGCUACAUUGAAAUGCCGAGAAAGCUACUCUCAGCCUGUUGCAGCCUCACAUGAAUUCUCGAUUUUAACACAAGCCCUGCCUCUAACAAAGCCAGUAGCCAAUCCAGGUAAAGGAUUUCGUGGUGGGGAGUAAAAGUUCAAGGGGGCCACCUCUGGACACGCUCCCCUGCGGACCAGUUGCAAAAUCUUAUAGCUGUUAAUAGCUAACAAAGUAAAUCGUGAAAUCAUUGGUUAUAAAAUGCAAAAUGACUUAAAACAGUUGUUGGUGCAGCAUUUGGUGAGACCAGGCUGAUGUUGUACAUCCAUUGCUGUAGCACACACUCAUUUAUCUCCAACCAAGGACAUGUCUCAUAUAUUUUCAUAGAAAGAAUUCUUCUCUGAGAAACCAGGAAAGGAUUUAAAAAUACGAAGCAACAACCUUGGUCUCUUUUCCCUCCGAAAAAACUUACUUCAGGGAGUUUCGAUAAGACAUUUAGUUAGAUUGCAGCUGGUGUGUAGCAGUCGGCUUCUCUUGUCCUGGUUUUGACAUUUCAAGGGUCUAAAAUUAAAUUAUGAGCCCAUUUUAAAGUCAGCAACAUCUUUUGAUAAAGCAGUCUAUCUAGGGUUUUGUUCCUGUUGAGAUAUAUCUAACAUCAAAACACAACAAUAGGCUUUCCUUUGACCUACAUUGUGCUGCGAUAGAGAGAGACUAAAACCCCCUCCGGAUACUUUAAUCUAAUCAUAAAGAUCGGAUGCCCUGUUCAUUUCUAACAACAUGUAUGUCUUUAUCCCUUUAUAAGCACACUGAUCUGCUCUGAGGUCUGUUGUAGCAGCAACAUUGAUCAUUUAAACCCAUCAAACCUCAGAGCCUGAUGACGAUGACCCAGACUAAGUCUUACCGCUGGUGUUGGAGUUCUUCUGCAGGGAGACCGAUGCAUGUGUUUGUGUUUUUCCUGCUUCCUGUUGGUUUUUUGCAGUUUGUGCGAGCUUGUUUUCCCUUGGUAUUCUUCUGAAUCUUCUGUUCUUUACUAAAGCAGGAUUGUUCAUCUGUGAACAGGCAGUGAAACAUGUUGAAUUUUAUCCCCUGUGAGAUCUCUUCAGGAUAGAGUUCGUGUCUGAGGGUGCCUCGACUCACCACAGGUCACUUCCUCUGCAAACCACAAAGUUUAGGUAUUUUCUAUUGAAUGCAGUAACUUAUGGGCCAGUACUAUAUUUACUCAGUGCAAUGCAGUUAUCAUUAUAAUAAUUCAAUUAUUAAUAAUAUUUUUUUUUUUUUGUAUUUGUACAGAACAAAUGUGUAAAGAUCAGUGAGGAAAACGUGAGCUUUUUGAUACUGUGACUCAUGGUGUUUAAAAGUCAGUUUCUCCCUGUACAGUUGUGAUUAUUUCCCCGUUCCUCCCUUCUUCUUUUAUAGAAUAAAAAAUGUUUUUGGUGCAAUUUAA